UAGGAAAUUUAUUCUAUUCCACCAUACCCAAACAAUGAAAUGAAAAUCUAACAUUCCUUCCAUUUCGCUCCAUUAGGUUGUUCUCAUUCCGCUCCGUUAAUUAUAAAAUAUUCAAAGAGACCCUUAAAUUCUUUCAUCUCAUCUUUUCCUCUCUACCCUUUACCAUUGCUCCGCCGGCGGUAGCAUCCCAGCGCCAUCACCGUCCACCGCGCCAUCCUUGUCUCUUCUCUCUCCCUAUCGCACUACCCUCGGCCCUCCUCUCUCGCGCGCCUGUUGCCCGUUAAACUCAGCCUCAACGGCACUACUCCGGCCACCCUACCGUCGGGAUCUGCCUCCACCGCCCUCCAACAGUGAACUAUCAUUGACACAGCACGGUUUUGAUUCUUGGGGAAACUUGUUGAUUUCAUUUUGCUUCUUAUCAGAUCUUAGCCUUCAUUCCAUCCAAGGGAUCAAGGGAGUUGGAAGAGAAUGAAGCAAUCAAAGGAUCCAUUUGAAGCAGCAUUUGAGGAAUCACCACCUGAUUCUCCAAUUGAAGUGGAGCCAGAUCCAGAAGCAGAGAACACAAGAUCCAAUUCAUUGGUUGCACAACCCACUCACACCCAUGAAGAAGACGGUCACAUGAAAAACACGAGUGCCAGUAACACCACCACAAUUGUCAAGAAUAAAGAUGAAGAAGAAGAUGAAGAAGAAGACAACAUGGAUGUUGAACUCGCCAAGUUCCCUGCUGCUGGUGACCCUCACAAAAUGGCUAAGAUGCAGGCUGUUUUAUCCCAAUUCACUGAAGAACAAAUGAGUAGAUACGAGUCCUUUCGUAGGGCUGGAUUCCAGAAAGCUAAUAUGAAACGGUUAUUAGCGAGCAUCACUGGGACCCAGAAAAUCUCUGUCCCAAUUACGAUUGUAGUAUCAGGGAUUGCAAAAAUGUUUGUGGGUGAAGUUGUUGAAACAGAUCAAAAUGUUGCAGUGUAAUAAUUCUCAUUAAUCAAAGGUGUACUACGUUUGCAGCUAGAAUAAUUAUGAAGGAAAGGAAAGAAUCUGGACCAAUCCGACCAUGUCAUCUGAGAGAAGCACACAGACGACUAAAGCUUGAAGGAAAAGUCUUUAAGAGAACAGUCUCAAGGCUCUUUCGGUAAUGGACCAAAUAUGAUUUUUGGGACCAUACUGGCAGAAAAAGUUUUUGAUCCCAUUGUCCAGAUUAUCCAAUCAGUUGGAAUGAGUGAAACAAUGUUGGUCAGUUGGAAUGAGUGAAACAAUGUUGGUAGGUAAAAUGGGAAAGUUGUUCAGAUAUUGAUUUGAGCUUCAUCUUUUCUUUCUUGUUGUGUCAAAUAUAAUAUUCAAUGCUUUUACUGUAUUAUAAUCUACCCUUUCCUCCAUCAAGUAACCGUAGGAAGUUCUUACAAGCAACAAAUUCGAGCAUACGCAUUCACGUAUUUUAGAUUUUAGGCAAAACUAUAUUUUUAGCCUUUUACUUUA